AAAAGUUGGGAAAUAAGUAAACAGAAAAAAAGCCGGAAAGUCAUGUCGGAUGACGAGAUUACAGCCGAUCUUCAAGCGGAGAAUGAUGUUGACGCUGCGGCUGCCUUGGCCAAUGAUGACGAGGAAGAUGAUGACGAUGUAGAGCAAAUAACGGCACAAAAGGUGCUCGAGAUUCUGGAGACUGCUUGGAUCAAUGAAAUGUGUGCCCCCGAAAUACUGCCCAACCAGACCGACAUGCUGGAGCUGAUGGUCUCCCAGGUGUCUCAUAUGGAGGAGCAGAUGAGGGACUUGGACAAGAACGACUUCCGAGCUGUGGUGCACAGUAUGGAGCUGGAACGUGUACGCUACAUCAUGGCCAGCUACUUGAGAUGCCGCCUGCAGAAAAUCGAGACCUUCACCCAGCACAUACUUAACCAGGAGGACGCUCGAGAGCCGGACGACAAACGCCUGUCGCCGGAGGAGACGAAAUUUGCCAAGGAAUUCGCAGGACAUGUAGAUGAGUACUUCCACAAGGUGGCCACCCAGUACAUGCCCAACCAGCAGCGUGGCGAGCUCGACCAAAGGAUCGUUGUCCCCAACCUCAUGAGUCAUGUCUUUCUCAAGGCAAAUGUGGCAGUGCCGGCUGUGAUUGUGGGCGUCGACGAUGAGGAGGUGGACAUGGCGCCCGGCUCCCAACAUAUUAUUCCAUAUCAACUAGUGGCUGACUUGCUGCAGAACAACCAAGCGCAGCUUAUUUAACAGAAAACAGCAAAUGUAAAAUAGAUUAAAAAACAGAUCAAUUUGUAGACAACAAAAGUAUAUAAGAUUUCAUGCGA